AGCACAGCCUCGACGCUUCUCCCCGGCGGCGGCUGCUGUCUGCCCCCGGCCCCCCGACGCCGCCGGGAGCCAGAACAACCUGACGGCCCCACCUCCAGGCGGCGGCAGCGGCGGCCCCAGCCCCGUCCCGCCGAGCCCGGGCGGCGCCCGGGCCGGGGGCCGGGACCAUGCACCCGGCGCGGCGCUGAACCCCGCGGCGGCCGAGCCGAGCCCUCUCCUGCCGGCAGCCCCCGACCUGCGUGCGAGCGGGGCCGCGCCCGCCGCCGCCGCCCAUGACCCUGCGCUCCGCCGAGUCCCUGGAGAGCGCGGAGAGCUCCGGGGAGCGCUGGCGGCACCCCGGGACGGCGGCGCCCGUUGCCGAGGAGUGCCGUGAGGCGGAGCAGCUGGCCGCGGCUAUGGAGGAGCUGCGGCGAGCAGGAUGGUACUGGGGCAACAUGACUGUUGCUGAAGCCAAAGAAAGGUUACAGGAUGCCCCUGAAGGGACCUUUUUGGUUAGGGAUAGUUCGCAUUCAGAGUAUCUACUGACUAUAUCGGUAAAAACAUCAGCGGGACCGACCAAUCUACGUAUAGAAUAUCAAGAUGGCAAGUUCAGACUGGACUCUAUCACUUGUGUCAGGUCUAGACUUAAACAGUUCAACAGCGUUGUGCAUUUGAUUGAGUACUAUGUUCUUAUGUGCAAAGAUAGAACUGAAACACCUACAAAUGGAACAGUUCAUCUUUACUUGAACAGACCCCUCUAUACAUCUGCUCCAUCUCUGCAACACCGCUGCAGAAUAGCUAUAAACAAGAGCACAAAUCAGAUCUGGGAGCUGCCAUUACCAACAAGACUAAAAGAGUACUUGAAAGAGUAUCAAUACCAGGUAUAAAUAUAUUUUCUAAAUGCCUCUAACACAGAGUAACUUUUGAAUGCAAUUCUUAAAAUCAGCCAAAGAACUGAGUAACCAGUUGUACAACUCGGCAUGGAAUUCACUAUCAAAACAGUGGCAGUUCUGGGGGAAAGGUUUUUAUUUCAGAUGCUACAAAGGGAGACUUUAUGUAAAAUAAUCCCAGUUUGCAUCCUUGGGGGUUUGACAAGGUGGCAUGCUAUUCUUGCAAGGAGAGAGAAGCCACAAAUCUGUCCAGAGUGUGUUGCUUUGUCAAUAAAAUGCUGCACUAUCACAUGCUUACUAAAGCAGUGGGACCGGGAGAGACUUCAUAAGUGGUCAGAAACAUAUGAGUUUACAAGUAUCUCAGUUGUCUGAUUCCAAGAUUAAUUUGGUGCUGGUGUUCAUAUAAUCCAAAAGCUUAACUAGAUCACACUGUGAUAAUCUUGCUAAAGUUAUGCAACUAAUCAAAUCCAGUCAGAAAAAUGAUCAUGUAUUCAGUUUUUAUUGAACUACUCUCCUGCUUUUCUGCAAGCAAAGGAGUACUGUAAGUAAUCAGUCUAAAGCAUUGUUUUUCAAAGUUCUCUGAAAGCUGACUUUAAGAAGAAAUGCCACGUCUUUCACAGGAGCCCAGUAUAUUGCUGAUUAUACCAGACUGGUAUCCCAGAAUCCUUAACAUCUUCACAGUGGUGAUGUAUCCUUGCUAUUAUUAUUAAGCCUCUUUUGGUUGAGGCUUUAGAACUAUAUGCUUCAGAAUUGCUUCAGACAGUUCCAAUGUCAAAACAUGGAUAUCAGCAGUUACACGUCUUCUACAGUGUAGAAUGUUUUCUUCAGCCUGUUUCCCAAAAUAUGGGGAAAUAUGAUGUGGAUUUUUUAAGGGGGUUGGGUUUCCUUUCUCUUCUUUUUUAUUUUCUUUUUCUUUUAUUUUUUAACUUCCAUUGUAGCUAUCAGAUGAUUACUCAAUAAAGUAAAUCAAAGUGCACAACAAUCUCCCAAUCUCUGUAUGUAUGGAUUUGCUACUACUCAAGAAAGAGUGCUCUUAUGAAGGAACUUAUAUAAUUUCCCAGCUAAUUCUCAGAUGAAUGCACAUGUAUCAGUGAGGAUGAAUACUUCUGCUUUGCCUUUGUGGUGCUGCUCGAAAGUCUAGCUGGAUUACAUUCAGAUUAGUGGCUUAUAGGCUGCCUGCUGAAUUCCUGUAGUUGGGUAUUAGCAUAGGACAUUGCUUUUUCUGUUACAGCAGUCUUCCAAACAGGAGGAGGGGACUCAAACCCUCAGUACCCAUUCUUCAGCCCAAAUGUAAAGUAUUUAAUGGAAGAAAUACACAGGACGAGAAUAAUAGGAGAGCAGUAAAGAGAGAAACAAGGACAUAGACUCAUCCUUAGUCAACAAAUUAAUAGUUUUAAUUCUUUCCCUAGCUUAUUUGUUAAUUAAAGCAAAGACCUUUGCUUGAACAAGGAGAGUUGUCAAGACUUGCUGUAAUCUAGCUUUGCCCAGGCUGAAAUAGAAACAACAUAAAAUAAUCUUGUUUUCUUUGUGACUUAACUGCUCUGUUGUACUGUCAAGAUGUUCUGUCCCUUUUCAUAAACUCUGGGGCACUGACCAGCUUACUUCUUGCAUCUAAACUCCCAGUGUUAUACACUCAGUUUAGUCUGUGACAUGCUGGCAGAAAUGAGUAGUAGAGUCUUGGAGAAAGAGAAGGCACUAAGAACCUGAGGCAGAGUAGAUGGUUCCUUGGUAUGACAUAUACUUUAUAUGUUCUUGUGCUUGCUGUGGAAAAGGUGGAUUUCUCCUCCUCCAUAGCUUAAAUCUUCUGUCCCCAUUUUCAACUUAAGCUUUAGUAUAGAAAUGGGAGUAGUUUUCUUCUGAAAAACAAACCCAAAGUAUUUUGUGAUUUAAAAUUUUCCCCAUGUCUUGACAAAAUGUAUUUGGAAGUUUUUCACAUUAUAUGGUGACCACCCUUUGGUUCCCAUGCCCAAGGAGCUCUUGUAUUCCAGGGAUGUGUCAUAAUCACACAGUUCUUGUCAUCAGUCUUGCUAAGAUCUGCCACCCUCAGGCUGAAGAGCUUUUCCUGUGAGCAGAGCCUGUCAAAAAACUGUGUUCCUGGGAACACUUUUCAUUCUGAUGAAUCUUUUCUUACCAUUCUCGUCUAGCUCUACCCUGUGGUGAGAGGACUGCUAUUGGAAUAACUUCCAUCACAGUCACAAACACUCUAAUCUGCUGCUGUGUUAACAGUCUUCUACUGUACCUUUUCAGCCAGGGUGACAUGCUUGGGCUCUCAGUGGUAAAAACAUUGUACUAAGGACCUUUAAAAUAAAUCCCUAGGGGGUUAAAAUCAUGAAUACCUGUGCUAGAGCAAGCAGACUAAUUGGAGCUUUGGGGUGCAAUGAGACUGCUAUAUUGCAAAUAUAAGAAAUUAUUUAUGGCUUGCUGCUGGCAGACUAUGUAAGCAGUCACAGGCCGGCCAAGUGUACCCCACAGCAGAGCCAGGCUCUGAGGAGCAAGGAGCAGAUGCAGGGAAGCUUGCUGUUUUUUCUAAUAACACUUCUCCAAAGAACAAGGGCAAAUGGCAGGCUGAGGACAAGGAGUGCUGGCAAAGUGAAAAGUGGUGAUUCCUGUAACUAAUCAAGAUUAGUUACUGUGAUGGGGAAUCGAGUCACCAAACAUUGGGCAUAUUGACCUAGACUUCAUAUAAUUUGUAUUAGUUCCUGUGAGGAAAAGCAGGUUCUGUAACUCUAGUGUGCUUGAAGCUGUGAACAAUAUUUUAAACAGACUGGAGGGGGAACUAGUCCUCUUUGUAUGAAAGCACAGUUCUUGUCCUCAUUAGGAUACCAGUCCUAGGGUUGAUGCAUUGCACUAGUAAAACUAAACCACAGCAUAGCUUGCAGAAAGCUUGCCUUCUUUCUAAUGCAGCACAGAGGAAUGACUUGUUCUGGUACAAAAAAUCUGAUGAUAGAACAUGACUAGAUUUCAGCACUACAAAGAUCUUGCAUGUAGACUUUGUGAAUUUUCAGACAUGAAAAGUUUCAGACACGUUGCUCAAAUAUUUUUUUUAAAAAAUUCAGUGCCUUUUUUUUCUUUUAUUUUUCUUUACCUUAUGGAUGUUGUAGCUUGUUUGCAGCACUAGCUUUUAAAUUGUGGGCCCUUCAGAUUAUAAAAAUUACUUCUAACUGAUAUAUAUAAUCUUGAAUUGCUAGAGUGUGCAGCAAAGCCAGUUUCACAGGUUCAGUGCCCAUGAGUCAACCAAACAUCAUGAUAAGAGCUUUAAUCCUAAGCCUUUUUUUUCACCCCAUGUGUUGGUUUGGUUUUUGAGUCUUGAAGUUUCAGAUUUAUCUGGAAUGUUAGAAAACCUCUUCACUUUACUCAAAGGAACACUGAGAAUCCUACAAUCCUAAAAGGCAAUGCUUAAAAAAACCAACCAAAAUAAACAUAAUUGCAAGAUGAACAAUGAAAAUGGCAAUGAUAUUUAGUUUAGCACUAAACCUAGCAGAAGUGUAAACUAGGGCAGCAUUUCAGUUGUAUGGGUAUCUUCCUGCUGGUAGUAUUAUCACUGGAUACAGAAAAUGGUUUGAGUACAAAGUGAAUGGAUAGAGUGGGAAGGUAACCAAGCAGCUGACCCAGUGCAUUAGAAGUAAUUUUAUUUUAAUCUGAUCUUGUCAGUAUAGUUCUAAUUAUAUUUUAUGUAACCACAUUCUAGAUAAAUAUAUAUAAAUAUAAAAUUAUAAUAAAUAUAAAAUGAUUAGCAAGAAGGAAAAAUUGUUCACUAGAAUAUGGGGGGCAGAGGGUUUUUUAAUAUCUUACAACAAGGAGGAAUUUACUCCUAUAAUGAGACUAAGUCUCAUCACCUUGAGAAAACAGAAUUUACAAGUGACAGGGAGGACAGAGUUCUGUAGUUGUGUCGAUUUCUGUACCUCAGCCAACUCUCACAUUUUAGCAAAAUGUUCCUGCAGGUAAAUUACUUUGUUAAAGAUUGUUUAAAAAACUUUAUUUACUUACAUGCUCUAUUCAAGAGCUUUUUCUUGUAUUCCUGAUAACAAUCCUAUUUAUUUUUCCUUUGGCUAUAGUCUUAGGCUCUAGCAGAAAGUAAGGCAAGUGAUAUCAGGGCUUUGCUCUCCUUAAGCCAAAACACAUAAUGGAAAUGGCAAGAGAUAUCUUUAGACACGAGUGUCAUGUCUAAAAGUCAUUUAAAAUAAAGUAAAAUAAAAUUUCUGCCAACUUUACAGUCAUUAAACAAAAUCUAAGUAUGAUAUUUACUGCUAGAGGAAACAAUGGCUUGAGGGACUCUAAAAACUGUAUUGCUAAUUCUCAAUAACAAUAAAAAAAUAUUGAAAGGAGAAAUUUUAUUUAAAAAAUAUAGACAUUAAUGAAAAUUUUACUAUCUAAACCAAAAAAAUUCUAAAUAGAAUAAGUAGAAGUUAGUUGAAAGGUCUGGGCUGGUUAGUUCUGCAUACACAAAGGAAGUGGGGAUGACAAGCUGCUUUGGUAUCUCAGCCUAGCUCCUGAUAACUACUUCUCUAUUAGCAUUAGAUUCAGCAGGUCUCAGUAUUUUGCUAAGCCAUUAGCAUGACUGAAAAUGCCUGGAAACAACAUUCCACUGACACAUAACUUCACCAUGGUCUGAGCUUGCUUUCCAACAACGUGGUGAUUUGCCACAGUAUUGCUAAAACCGGGCAGUUUCUACAGUAGGCCGAUAUCAGUCACAGGAACGGGGAGGCAGAGGUGGUUCAGGUGCUGACCAUCACUGGUCCCUAUCCCCUGUCUGAGACAGAGAGCACACUACAAACUAGGUGAAACAGCUGCCAGGAAAUAGAUGAGAAAAUAUUCUGCUUUCUAAGGAGGGAAUUACCUGUCUGGCUUUCAUGUCUGAGAAGGGACUAAAAGGAAAGGAUAUGGAAAAGCCAGGAGCUCCUGUGAGAGGUGGCACUUCUCACAAGGUGUAUCAAAUAACUAACUCCCUGGAUGAGUACAAUGCUGAAAGGCAUAUUAGUAGAGAUUUAAGGUCAUGGGGAAUAACGAGUAUCAGUACAGUUUGAAUCCAUACAUAGACAAAGUCUGGGCAGAUAGCUCAAUUUCACAGAAAAGGAAAAUUAGCUUAUAGCAAAUUCAGUCUGUCCUGGUGCCAGGGUUACCGAGCAGGAGAGGGAUUAACUGUGUUUAUUAAUCAGGUUAUUUACAGGGCUCUAAAGUAGCCAGUGCCUCUGAGAAAGUCUAUAGAAAUACAAAAAUAUAUCACCAUAAUUACGCUGAUUAGUCUGCCUGAUAAAUUGUGUAUUUUAUUCUACUUAGAUUCUAUUUUUAAUAAGGGAUUGCACCUGUGUUUCAUUUCAUUUUCUUCCAGAAUUGGAGCCAUUAUUUUUCCAGGAACUGAAAUACGAAAAUAAUACCACUCCUUUCUAUGGUAUUAAGGAGGAAUAUAAUGCUGGAGCAAAAGCUAUUUAUAUUAGCAUAAGGAAUGAGCUGGUAUUUAGUAGGAAAAACUUCAAACAGAUAAUAUCCAGGAAAAGUUUGGUGGUGAGAGCUGCAAGGAACAAAAUACACUAAAAAACCCCAAACAAACUAAUUAAAUGCUUCUGUCUUGAUUUUUCUUUCACUGGAGGGCAGGGUUUAUGUAAGUAAAUCCUUUCAAUUCCAGUCAAACUGUUCUAUAAUUGAUGUUUCAUAGCUGAGGUUUGCAACUUGGUAUGCUGUUAGUUAACAAACAGUAAAUGCAGACAUAAGUUAGACAUGGGAAAAGAUUCAGAGCCCCGUGCAAUUUCCUCUUUUGAAGUUAUUUGGAUCAGGCUUGAUAACAGGAGUUUUAUGAAAAAUAGUUGUAAAUCUGGUAGCUGAAAGCACAAAAAUCCCCUUUCAAAAUGCUGCGUUACAAUUUAACUGUAUCUCUUUAGGUUGCAGCCCUGAAAUGGGAUCUGUUCGGCUGAGUCGCUGUACCCACAGUCUGCUGCAGGGGGAAAUCUCCAAAUUUGAGAGGUUGCUCUGGACACCUUAUUACAUACAUUUGCUUUUUUUUCUUGCCCUGUUUGACACAUCUGGAGGGCAGAAUAAGUCAAGGAUCAGCUCUCACUAUUCAAGGGAUUUUAAGCUGGUUCAUUUUUUUUUUUUUGUAGGAAGAGCACUCAUAAAUACUGAGCUGCAAUUUAUCCAUCUGUAAAGUGGGUGGUGAAGGCAACAUUCUGUAAUUUCUCAGCAUGGAGUGAAAAGUGGCUUAUACUUCAAAUAAUAUUGAUAGGAACUUAAGCUGCAAUGAGGGCAAUAUCUUUGACUGGCUGCACUGCUAAAAAGAGAGAAGGAAGUGAGGAAAGUGAGAUCCUUGUCUAACUAGAUUGCAGUGGAUGUGGCACAGCUCCUUCCUGAGUUGAAGUGCUUCAGACGUGCAUUUUCUGUGAGGCAAAUGGCUUGUGAGCAGCCUUCUGGAAAUUCAUCUGUUUCUUUUAACUCCCCUGACAGAGGAUGCAGUGCCUACUGCAGGAUGCUUCACUAGCCUGCAGGCAGGCAGGUUGCAUUUCGACAGGGAACAAAAUAGAUCAAGUGAAUUUCUAAUCGAAGAGUAUUUUUUUGUUUGAAAAGAGGAUGUAUGGGAAAAGUAUAAGCAGUGGCAAAUAUCUUGCUAGGCUAUCUGUAAAAAUAUUCCAUGAAUCAUUACUAGCUCCUGAAGUCCAACCUUAAAGAAAGAAUUUUAAAGAAAGAAUCUUUUAAAAUUUGUAUUGUAUAUGAGUUUGUCCAGUUCAAAUCCUGGGAAAGCAACAGAUUACAAAAAACAAUAGCUAUUCUCCCCCUAAUAAAAGCAACCUUCCAGUCUUUUAUCUAAAAUAUUAGAAAACCAUUUCAUAUGCAGGAAUUUGUAAGUAAAGUAAGUUGGUUUUGUGAAAAAGGUUUCAGACUUAAAUCUUUAAUUAAUUUUAGUUAUUUGCCAAUAUUUGAUUUUCAGGUCAAUUCGUGAAUUUUCUUUGUUUGUUCUCAUAUGAAUAAAAUUGUGCUUUACGUUUAAAAAAUAAUUUCAUAGGUCAGGAAUAAAUAAUAAAUAAUAAGGGGGAGUAUUUCAUCUGUUCCCUUAAAGAAUCUUUAAUUUAAACUUAAAAAUAGAGAACUACAUUAAUUCAUAUAUUUAAAGGAGUAUAAAUUCUGAGAAAUACUGAGUCAUGUUUUGCAAGUAUUAAUUGCAUGGGGGUUUUUUUACAAUUAAUUGCAUUUUUAAAAUGAAAUGUAUACAAAAGUUUUGCACUGGAUGCCUGCUUCCUUUUUAUAACUAUUUCUCCUUUUUAUAACUUUUUGCUAGGGAUUAUUUUUAUCAUAGUAAACAGCACUAAGAAUUCAUUGCAGUAGUGCUAAUAAACAUUUAUUUUUAUUAUGGAAACAAAUGUAAAUUUAUAGACACUACAGAGUCACUAAACUCCAUGUUUUAAAAUGCUUUAAAACUUUCUGUGCUGUGUUUUAUCUACAUGCUGGAUGUGCCUUUUAAUAAAAUACUACUUUUAAGGAA